AUGGAAACAAAUCCUCCAAAUAAUGCAAUACUGGAUGUAAAUCCAGAUACUGUCGAAGCUGAAGAUGUUAGGGACGCCCACGCUCUUGCUUUGCUAGCUCUUUCGAUUACCCAUCUUAACAUUCAAGAAACUAUGGAUACUUUUCCAGAUAUUCGUCAAAAAUUUAAAGAUCAGGUUAGUCAGGAUAAGCUAGAUGUUUGCAAAAGUAAUUAUAAUCGAGCAUACGAAGGGUUUAGAGAGGCUUACCUCCAUGUUGCGAAAAAGGCUUACUGGGAUGCCAUGAACACUGUUGCUAAUGCAACAAAUCAUGCUAUUGAGUGUUAA